AACACAGAAUUGUGAGCCAAAAGCUGCAUAGUGUCAUUCAGAAUAAGAACCCAUGGCAUAAACUUAAUAUAAUAUAAUCCAUUACAUUUUUUUCCAUUGUUUUUCUUCCUCAGCUUAAUAAAUCACCUACCUCUCUGCAUUUACUCCACAGUGAUUGCUUAACAGAGGAUACACAAGCAUCAUUGUUAAGCAGAGAAAAAUCUCCUAUUCUCUAUGCUCUAUUACAUAAAAUUCUAUAUAAUAUCUUUAAAGAAUGAAAAACAGCAAUUUCUGGGAGUUGAGCAUGGAUAUACAGAAGUCAGCAAGUAACUAUCAGAGUCCUGAAUGCUUUCAAAAUGCAGGUCUGACAUCAGUAAAAGAAAAAAAGAGGAAACAACACAUCACCUAAAUUACCUCACAGCUAUUUGCAUAAAGGGUGCAGAGGCAGUACAGUAUAAGUACGGAGACACAAGCCAUCCAAAGAGAACUUAGCAACAGUUCUACUGGAUACUCUGUGUGUCUGUAGCAGAAAAAGGGCAACUUCAAAGCUCAGAUGUGCAAGCAUCUUUAAAGGACUGAACACUCUCUUGGCAGAUGCAUCAAGCAAAAAUCUGAAACUACAAACCAGGUUUGUUUGCUCCACCCUCCUCCCCUGUUGCUGUCUCUCCCAGGGAAGGUGCAGAACCCGUCCCACAAUGCCAUCCAUCCCGCUGCCACUGCUGCUCCUCUGCCUGACCUGCUGUGGCCUCUGCCGCAGCGUGGGGCAGCCCCUGCCAGAGGGAAGGGAGAACAUGGGAAGAGGUCCCCUGGGUGACAUCCUGCAAAAAGCUGAAAGCCUCCUUCUUCAGUCUGUCCUCAAGAAAGCUGAAAAGGAAGAAGAGAUGAAUAAAGAAUCAAAUGCACCUCUGCCAGAAUGGCUUUCCAUAAGACAAUACCCUAGGAAAAAGUACUUAAGUGACCUGGAGAAGAGACAGCAUCCUGGAAAAAGAGAUGUUGAUGAAGACACAUCUUAUGAAGACAUUCAGAAGAGACAGCAUCCAGGGAAAAGAGAGAUAGAAGAUGAGCUUGGCAGCUAUCUGGAGCUGAAGAAGCGACAGCAUCCUGGCAGAAGGUCGUUGUCAGAUCAGUAUGCUGACAUCCCCCAUGCACAGCUAACCUACUUGAAUGAGUUAGCCAAAAGACAGCAUCCAGGCAGAAGGUAUCUGAUGUACAAGCACCAGCGCCCCAGCAAGAGAGGCUGGAAUGAUGAGGUAGACCUACAUGACCACUACGGUGAGAAACGCCAGCACCCUGGAAAAAGGCACUGGAAUUCUGACAGCCCAGAUGACGCAGGCCCCUGCAACUUCCAGGAGUCCUUCACCUGUAACAAAGGCAGCUUAUUGCUUGAUUUAGUAGAAAAUGUUAGCAAAGACAGGGUAGAAGAAAAACGUCAGCAUCCAGGAAAGAGAUCAGCAUGGGAGAGUGAAACAGAGGAGUGAGAACAUAAUUGUGUAUCAUUUGCAUUUGGUGAAGUAAACCGCCAGAUCACUAAAAUUCUAUUCACUCCCUUUCGGCUUCCUACUGCUGACCUCUGCAAUCCUCUUUCAGUGCGUUAAUGUUCCCAUUUAAGUUAACGGCUUUGUCACACAAAGUAAAGGAACCAAAGGACCCAGCUGAAUGGGGCAGGCAAGUACUGAGAAUCUUCAACUGGGGCACUUCAGGAAGUUAAGAGCACUUUCUUAUGGGUCCAGACCCCAGGAUAAUCCCACUAUGUGUGUCCAAUUUUCUGUUACUGAAUGACUAAAACAGGUUCUUAAAUAUCUGUUCUGAUGCUACUAAAGUGGAAUAAUUAUAUGGUUUUCUCUCACAUCAGUGGAAUCAGUAAAUUAAUAGAGAUGGAGAAAAGAUAGCAACAUAUGCCAAUUAUUUCAAAAUGAAACUGAAUAGGUUUUCAAUUCUAAAUGAUACAUUAAUGAACCCUGAACCCUUGCACACUAAAGUCCGCCCAGACAGUAAGCACAGAACAGACACAGGAACAGUUCCAACUGGAACAGAUUAGAUGACUGAUUUAAUAGUUUGACUCAGAACUGGCACAUAAACCCCCUUUUUAUCUAUAAGGGGCUGCACAGUGCAAAGGGUUAAUGCACCCCAGAGCAUCUCAGCCCGAGCUGUGAACCUGACUGCAUAUAGCCCAUACUAGAACUCCCACCCUGGUGCCUCCACAUUUUAGUCAUGACACUUGAAAUCAUGCCUUCUCCUCUGACAUCCUUAAAUUCCUUAAAAAGGAAACAAGCAGACAUCCUUUUCUUUCAGCAAGGAUUUCUGAUUUCUCUCCUCUCAAAGGAAUGCUUUUACUUUCUGUGAUCAGACUCCCAAAAGUGUUUAUUUGAUAUGAAUGAUUCAAUAAAC